AGAAAUUACCUCACCCUCUCUCUCUCUCUCUCUCUCUCUGGAAAAAAAAACACUCUUCUACUUUCUUUGUUUUGCCAUAGGCGUUGUAGUUGAAGGAUGCCUUCUCAGGGAAGAAGAGGCAGUGCAUUGGUUGCCGCUGUGGUGGCCCUGGCGGUGUGCCUGUCGUCGGUGCUUAAUUUUGAGGCGGCUGAGGCAAAAGCCUACAGUGUUGGUGGUGCCAAGGGCUGGACUUAUGGCAAUUAUGUUCGCUGGCCGAAAGGGAAGAACUUCAGGGCUGGUGACACACUUGUGUUCAAAUACGACGCAGAGCAGUACGAUGUGGUGGUUGUGACCCAAGCUCAAUACCGCACAUGUAACGCCCCGCCUAACGCCACAGCGUAUCACACCGGCAAUGACCGCAUCAAGCUUGUCAAGGGACACCACUUCUUCAUGUGCAAUAUUUUCCCUGGGCAUUGUAAAGCUGGAAUGAGGAUUGCUGUUAAAGCAAUGUAGCCGGAGAGAGAGAGAGAGAGAGAGAGAGAGAGAGAGAGAGUUGUAGUAGAUAAUGACCACAAUGUAGUGAAGUAAAAGUUUUUGUUAAGGCUGCUGAUUUUGUCAUCCCCUUUUUUGUUAACGCUAUUUCCCUGAAAGUGUAUUUUUGGUGCAAAAAUACACUUGCAGGGAAGUGACGUUAACAAAAAAGGGUGUGGCAAAAUCAUUUCCCUUUGUCAACUAGAUUUACUAUGUUUGGCAUUCAAUUGUUGCAGUAUGUUCUUUUGAGUUUUGAAGGAGCAAUAUUUAGUGCUUGAACCA